UUCCGGUCGAGGCGCCAUUUUGAUGAAACAGCGAGGAGAGAAGCAGUUUGGACCAACGAAAUGGAUUUUUUAUGGAUUUAACUCGAAGAUUAAUCCGGAUACACCACUUUCAGCGUUUCAUCAUGGAAAAUAACCGUGUACCGAAGAGGAAUCGUUGCGUCCUGGCUGCGUAACCGGUGGAUUUUGUUCGUUUUGGCCGUCAGUUAACUUGGGCAACAUUGUUAGCAUAGCACCAUUUAACCAUUUAGCUGUUCGCUUUUGUUUGGCAAAGUGUUUUCAUGUUGUGUUGAGUGGCGAGGUAACGUGAACUAAUCCCCGAGGUAUCUAAGAUAAUUACACAUUUCUACGACAGAUUACGGGUUUUCAGAAUAAUAUCUUUUUGUUCUGGGGGAGUGGGGGGGAGGGAGGUGAUAACAGAUAAAGAUAAAACUUGUGGACUCGUUGCGGAAGCUCCCCACACAGUUUAUGGACUUCAUUUUUUUUGUGGAGCUCGGUCUUGACUUAAAGAAUAAGAACUGCUCCAACAAAAGGAGGCACAACAUUUAACAUUUUCCCCACACGGACUGCUCACUCACUGGAAACCCCCCGGGCCCGCUGCUCGGCCACCUCUAGCGGCUCGCAGCGCGGCGGCUUUUCCACCAAAAGGACAAUUCACGACGGACUUGGCCUCGUUUACAUCCAUGUGAUAGGUUUUGCCUCCGUGCUGGAUGGACUUUCUCGCAUUUGGAGGCACCCUGUUGUGUUUUAACGGACCUUUAAAGACCUGAAGAGGCACACUGCGCCGCUCAAUGGCGCGCUGGCCUCGCAACUCGCUUAUUUUUCUUUGGCAAUAACAAGGACUCAUCUGUCGUCUUCUGCGAGCUGAACCCUUCCUUAUCUUAGUCCUCUUUGUCCACAGUGUUUCAGCGAAUAUAAAGAAGGUUUACCCAUUAAAAUCACCAGAUUUAGCCUCCUGUGUUCACUGUUGACGCUGUUUUAUUUUGUUAUCAUACCAGGCCUGUGUUUUUUUUUCUUUUUUCUCUCUCCUUGUGCUUUAAGUGCUUAGACCUGUUUAAAAAAAAAAAAAAAAAAAUGUCGUGUGUUCACUAUAAGUUUUCUUCCAAACUGGACUACAACACAGUCACUUUCGAUGGGCUGCAUAUCACCCUCAGCGAGCUUAAAAGGCAGAUUAUGGGCCGAGAGCGCCUCAAGGCCACAGACUGCGACCUGCAGAUCACCAAUGCGCAGACGCGAGAAGAAUACACAGACGAUGAAGCCCACAUCCCGAAACACUCGUCCGUGAUCGUCCGCCGCACUCCGAUUGGUGGAGUAAAACCUGCUGGCAGGACGUUCAUUGUAGAUCGUUCUGACACAGCUGUGGUGGGAUCUUCUAGACCCACUGAUUCUUCUCCUUCUAUGUCACUUGCCCAACUCGCCAAGACUGCUAACCUGGUUGACGCUAAUGCAUCAGAGGAGGACAAGAUUAAAGCCAUGAUGUCUCAGUCCAAUCAUGAAUAUGACCCCAUACAUUACUCCAAGAAAGCAGUUGGACCUCCACCUGCUCACUAUACCUGCUAUCGUUGUGGAAAGGCUGGUCACUACAUCAGGCAAUGCCCUUUGCUGAUGGUCCAAGAUAAGAGUGUGGAGGGUCCCAAGCAAGUAAGGAUUAGUAAGGGCAUUCCCCAGAGCUUCAUGGUGAAAGCAGAGCCGGGCACCAAGGGAGCCAUGUUAACCAGCACCGGAGAAUACGCUAUACCUGCUAUAGAUGCGGAGGCGUAUGCACAAGGAAAGAAGGAGCGCCCUCCGUUUGUUCCACAUGACCAGUCAUCAUCUGAGGAUGACUCAGACCCGAUCCCAGAUGAACUCCUGUGUCCCAUUUGCAAUGACCUGAUGACUGACGCUGUAGUUAUACCCUGCUGUGGAAACAGUUACUGCGAUGAUUGUAUCAGGACGACCUUGUUGGACUCAGAGGAGCACAUCUGCUUCACGUGCAAACAGUCAGAUGUUUCACCUGAUAAUCUCAUUGCCAACAAGUUUCUUCGACAGGCUGUAAACAAUUUUAAGAAUGAGACUGGAUACACCAAACAUGUGCGCAAGCAGCUCCAAAAUGCAGCCCCGCCUCCACCACGCCCCCAGUUGCUCAGGCCUCUGCACUCAAGACAACAGGACCCACUGCUAGCCAAUGUCACUCACCCUUCAACAAGCGCACCCUCCACCGCCCCUCAGGCCCAGGUCCCUCCCCCUGCACCUGUUGCUUCUGCUGCUGCUACUACUGCUGCUGCUCCUGCUGCUCCUUCUGCUCCUACUCCUCCUCAUGCUUCCGUUGAAGUACAAGAUGCUUCACCAGCCCCUCCACCUGUUGUUGAUCACCAUUCUCCUAUGCGUUCCACCAGCCAGGGUGAACCUCCCCCACCAGGAGAAUCAGAUCCAGAACCCACUGUGACACCAGACUCAUCGGGGACCUCAGAAAGUGGAUCACAGAACUACCAUUUAAGUAUUGUUGGCCACCCGCCACCAGUGAGGCCGCCUCAUCCUUCAGGUCACCAGUCACGGCCCCAACACUCUCACAGGGGGGGAGGCAGACACUGGGAGAGGUCUUUCAGAGGUAGAGGAGAGCACCCCUCCCCUCACCUCCAGACAGCUCCACCUACUGCACCUGUUCCUCCGGUGUUCCCAGCUCCGUCGCUGUACCCACCCCCACUUCAGCCCUACCCCCCUCCGUACACCUCUGGUCCUAGCCUUAUCCCUCCCCCUGCCAUCAGUUACCAGCCACAACCUGUCUAUGCCCCUGGACCACCAGUGCUCAACCCUCCUUGGGUUGCCCCUGGUGCCCAGCCCCCUCUUCUCCCUCUUCCACCCUCCCUCUCUCAGCCCCCCCUCUCUAAGGAAGAUUUCUACAGACAACGCCACCACCGACAGGACAAUGUUACAUCCAAACUGGAUGAAUUUACUAAAGACUUCCACAAAGAGCUAAUGAAGUACAGAAAUGCACCAAAGAGACGGAGACCGUCUUAUUCCAGGUCGCGGUCAUACAGUCGCUCUCCAUUCAGCCGUUCUUACUCUCGUUCUAGAUCAAGAUCCAGAUCAAGAUCCAGGUCUUACUCUUAUUCUCCCAGUCGAUCCCGCUCCCGUUCACGCUCCCAUGGCCGGUCUUAUCCCCGCUCCCCCUAUUCUAGACGCAAUGGACGCAGUUACGGACGCUCCCGGACGAGGUCCCGCUCUCGUUCAAGGUCUUAUGGGUAUCGGCGCUCUGGAUCACCACGCUCUCCUCCCACCUACAGGGGAGGAGGAUGGGAGGGACCAGAAGGAGCAGGACCCUACAGGUCUAGAUCACGGUCUCGCUCCCCUGGUGGCUUCCGGAGCCGCAGCCCUGGUGGACGAAAGCCACCUCCUCGGGAGCUGCCACCAUAUGAACUGAAGGGUCCGAGUCCUGGGGGCCAUGAUCGCUGGGAAAGAGAAAGGUACCGACAGUGGGAGAAGGAGUAUGCAGACUGGUACAACAAAUACUACAAAGACUAUGACAACCAACAUCCAUCGCUGCAUCACAGAGGUCGUGGCAGCAGGGACAGGGAGAGGGACAGAAUGUCCCCAUUAUCUAGAGAUUACUCUCCCCAGGGCAGAGGAAGAAGAGGGAGGGACGAGAGAGGCGCUCCACCUCACCAUCCUCCAUCCUCUUCCUCAUCAGGGACCAAGUCCAGCGCUAAAGUCCUGAAGACAAAGAAAGUAAAAAAGAAGAAGACUGGGGAUGAAUCAGAAACAUCACACCAGUCAGUGGACAGAGGUGAUGCAACUCCUGUCAGAGAUGAACCAAUGGACGAAAUCCCUUCACUCAUUAAAACCCCUCCCAUCUCCUCAAAGCCUCCGGUUGGCGCUGCAACCACUAAAGCCCCAGCCUCUAAAAGCCCUGCUGCACCCGUUAAACCCUCAACCAAGUCAACGUCAAAGACUCAGUCGGAUAAGACGAAGAAAGAUUCAAAAGGUCAAAAGGUAAAAGCUAAAGUGAAGACAGAGGGCACAAAGGUGAAGAGUGACAAGGUGAAGAAAAAGACGGCAGAAGUAGUGGUGACCAAAAAGAAAGACUCCUCAUCUUCCUCCUCCUCUUCUGUCGCUAAACCGUUAAAGACCAGUAAAGCCAAACCAGAAGAUGCCUCCAACUCAACUACCCCUAAAAAGGAAAAGGGUAAAAGCUCUGCAGUGAGGCCUGCCCUGCUGAAGACCCCCUUACUGCCCCCCCAGAACCUGCCUCUACAUCAUCCCUCUCUUCAUGACGGCCCUCGACCUGGCCACGACAUCCGUGGGAGGAGAGAUCUUCCACAGAGCAGUGGUCUCCUCCCCAUCCCCCAUCAACACAUACUCCCACUCCUCCACCGGCCAGCCUCCCCAGUGGACAGUCGGAGGAGGAUGGGAGAGGAGGGUCGCUCUUUACUCGGACCUCCUCCUGGAAAGCUGAGGAGAAUCGAUGGGCUCGGGGUUGGAGGCGAUGUCAUCUCCCACUCGCAUAUGUCUCAUCAGCCCCCGCUCCACAGACUCCCACCCCCUUCAGACAGGCCUGGUCUUCUCCCCCUACCAGGGAGCCGUGAGAUGGGUCGGGGAGAUACAGAUCGAGGAUCCAUCAGAUCUUUAAGGGACCUUCAGGUUCCACUGCCCCAGAGGAGUAUCAAGUUAAACAGAGAUCUGGGGAGAAAAGGCAGCACUGAGACAGCAACCUCUGACAGAGCCCCGUCGGGUUCAGAGAAGACUACAUCCGCCUCGGACCGAUCAGCUGCUGCUAACAUCUCUGAAGGAGACCGACCCAGCAGUAUGGCCGAAGGUGCUGGAAGAAAGGAGCGGUCAGCAUCUGCUGAGAGGGGAGUCUCCAGAGAGAGACCAGGAAGUGCUGGAGACAGACUGCAGGGCUCAGACAGAGAGCAGAGCAGAAACUCUGGAGUGGACCGAGAGCGAGACAGAGCUUCAGGGUCAGACCGAGACAGAGUUGACCGAGACAGAGUUGACCGAGACAGAGCUUCAGGGUCAGACCGAGACAGAGUUGAACGAGACAGAGACAAAGUUGACCGAGACAGAGUUUCAGGAUCAGACAGAGACAAAGUUGACCGAGACAGAGUUUCAGGAUCAGACAGAGACAGAGUUGACCGAGACAGACUUUCAGGAUCAGACAGAGACAGAGUUGACAGAGACAGACUUUCAGGAUCAGACAGAGACAGAGUUGACAGAGACAGAGUUUCAGGAUCUGACCGAGACAAAGUUCAGGAUUCUGACCCGAGACAGAGGUUUCAGGAAUCUGACCGAGACAAAGUUUCAGGAUCAGACAGAGACCGAGGCAUGGCGUCUGAUAGAGAGAGGGACAGAGUCUCUGGGUCGGGUUCACUAAAGGUAGCAGGUACAGGAGAGAGAGAUGCUGAAGGAGAGAGGUCGAUGAGGACAGAACGAAAGAACUCCGGCGGUGGAAGUGCAGGAGGGAGAUCUGUCUCUCUGGAUAAAAUGACCAUCGGAGAGAAAUCAGCCAUCACCAAGAAAGUGGUAGACCAUCAGGAGAAACCGAGCAUAUCGUCUAAGGAGAAAGGGGAGGGAUCAGAAAGAGCUGCUAAAUCUGACAGGAGUGUGUCCAAGGACAGAACGGAGAGGACUGUCCCCUCAGGAGAAAAACCAGCUGCUGCUCACAAAGAAGUGAAAGAUGGUGCAGAGUCUGUUGUGAAGAACAGACCCAGGAUCAACCGUAAGGCUCUGACGAGUCACAACUUGGGCUCCACUAGCACUAGGUCAACUCAAGAAACAAAGCGGGACUCAGACAAAGACCAGAAGAGUGUAUCCUCCAAAUCUGCCGAGCCCCAAUCUAGCCCUGUGAACAGCCAUGGCCGCAGCCCCAGUAUUAGCCCAGCACCCAGCCCGACCAGGGAGGAACCGCUCAUUCAGCCUCCUCCCCGCUCCAAAUGGGAGAGAGAAGAUGACGAAGAAGGCCAGGAAAACGGUCUUAGUGCACCCAAGGAGCCCUCACCAGUGCCGCAGAGGGGCCGAGGCAGAGAGGUGCAGAAUGAAGCACCUAAAGCUGUCAGGAACGAAGGCCGGGAUGGCGCAAGGGAGGAGAGGAAAGGAGUAGUGAGGGAAGAGAAGAAGGGGAGAGCACAGAGGGAAGAGGGUAAAGGUGGCAGGGCGGCACAGACAAAUUCUGACAAACCAACCAAAACAAAAACUGUGAGGGAGGAAGGGAGAGCUGCAGCAAGAGAGGAGGGGAGAGGGGGAAGAGAGGAGGGCCGAGGUGUCACAGGAAAGGAAGAGAGAGCAGGAGAUGGCCGAGGUGGCGGAGGACGAGAGGAGAGUCGUGGCCCAGAGCCAAGGAGACAGCGUUUGUGCUCCGACCUGGGUCGCGAGACCGAUGAGGCAGCCUUUGUGCCCGACUACAGCGAAGGCGAAGGCUCAGACACGGAGAGAGGGAGGAGCGGCAGCCCAAGUCCGUCCCUCAGCCAAGCCUCCCACAGCCCCAGCCUGAGCCUCCACAGUGGCUCGGGAACCACCUCAGCAGACAAGAAGAAGAAGAAACACAAGAAACAUAAAAAACACAAAAAGCACAAGAAGCACAGCGGCCAGGACAAAGAAGUGGAACACAAGGAGCACAAGCACAAACACAAGAAAAAGAAACACAAAAAGAACAAAGACAAAGAUGGAGAUGAAGAGGAGGAGAAGCUGGAGACUGCAGAGGAAGGGGCUCCGUGCUAACGUGGGGGCUAAGCUAGGACUGCUGCUUUGUUAAUAAGGAGAUAAUGAUGUACCUACAAAUAUCAGCUAACACUGGCAUGCUGCUCCAUGUGCCACUCUAAGGGAAUGGUUGAAAUGUGUGUUUGAUUGUCUGUGAAUCUGAAGAAGGGCUGUCUGGCUGUUAUUCUAACACUCAGUUUCACUGCAGAAACUGAUGCGGUACUUUGUUGUGCCUGGAUUGCAGCAUUACGACUGCUGCUGAGGCUUCUUUAAUCAUCAAUGUGAGCGUCUUUGGUGACUUUGGGUCAGGAAAAACUCGGGAGAAAUGCUGUUCUGCACUACUGUGAUCAACCUAGAGCCGACAGAAAGGACUUUAUGAUAAUAACUGAUCACACAGCAGUCAAUCUAAAUGAUUGGAAUAACAAUUACUGUACUCAGGGAUGUGAUUGCUUCUUUGUAGAGGAGGAAUUGCUGUUUCUCUGCCUCUGAUUCAUUUGUAAAUAGAGAUUAACUAUUGCUUCACACAAUAAUAAUUUUUCCUGAGUUUAUUUUGCUCACAUCCCUGCGUGCUGUUCAAGGCUUAAAGGCUGAAUAACCUUCAUUGCUAUGAGGGCUGUUGUAAGCUCUUUUUUGAAGGACUGUACUUGCGGUUUUGCAUGUUUUAGCACGUUAACUCAAGAAAAUAUAUAAUUUUGUUUACUGCUAACCAUUUUCAACAUUUAUAAUCUCAUGCUUAUGCAGCCCAUUGGUUUUAGUUCAUACCAGUACAGUGUUUUGUUUUGAUUUUGAGGUCCAAGUUGAUGUAAAUUUAAAAUGAAGGCAAAAAAAUGUUUCCUGAUAGAUUACCUAUCUGAGCAAGGUUACACUUCUGCAAAUUGAUUUUCCUACCCAAUUUAACAUGAAUAGCUGCAGUAGCUACCUGGGAAAGUAUAAAACUCUUGGGGAUGGUCAGCAGUACAGUAUUUGCGAUACUUUAAUGUGCUAACACUUGCAAAAUCACCAAUAUGGUCCUUUUAAGUUAAAACAAACCUUUAUGCAUCCGUGCUACACUGGAUUGUAUAAAUUUAGGAUGUGUUUAUUAAUAAUGGAAAAUCAGUCUGCAUGUUUUUGUUCCAAAGGUGCAGUAGCUGUCUAUCACGUUGUUUGAGUGAGUGAAUGUGUGUCGGUGUGAAAGUGAAAUGUGACAGAAUUGGGACAUGUUGGAGGACUAGUGUUCUUACAAAUGAGUUGUUCCUGUGUUUUUUUUAAUUAAAAUGUUUUGACCUCA